AUGAAUACAGGAUUUCGAAACAAUUUUCCCGAUUUUUGGGACAUCCAUUCUGAUCAAAUGAUGAACCCAAAUGAAGCACAAGACCGCUAUAGGCCAGGGCAAUUGUUCUUGAGGCAGCAAAUUCCGCAGAACACCUUUCCACCAGCGACGGCAGUUUUGGCGCCCUUUCAGCCUCUCCAACCGGCACAAGCAGGCUGCUCUGGCACUGCACCACUGCCUCUAGCUCCCAUGCCACCUGAAACACCAGAACCCCAAGAGGCGUCCGAGUCUGGCAAUUCGGGGAAAGCAGGAAGAGGGUACGAAAAAUGGGGAGAAGAAGAGGAGAAGCUUCUUGUGCAGUUAUGGUGUGACAAGCACACGAGGCUAGAGUCGCGGCACGCGAGAUAA